CAGAAUUAAUUGUUUAUUAUAGCAAAAGACUAAGUAACUUAAUGUAAACAAAAUUUUCAAUGUUUUCACGUGAUCCAUUAACUAUGCGAUGGCCCAUACAAAAAAAAUUCAUAUACGAUGAGGCCAUAAGCUAUACGAUUCCCCCAUAGUAACCGUAACAAUGUUAUACCUAAUUGGGCUAGGAUUAUCAUAUGAAUCGGACAUUACUGUCCGAGGAUUGGAAACUGUCAAGAAAUGUAAACGAGUUUAUUUGGAGGCAUACACUUCCAUACUUAUGGCAGCCGAUCAAGCAAGCUUAGAAAAAUUCUAUGGUAGAGAAAUCAUAUUGGCCGAUAGAGAAUUAGUUGAAAUUGGAUCGGAUGAUAUAUUGGCAGGAGCAGAAGAAGAUGAUAUUGCGUUUUUAGUGGUAGGAGAUCCAUUUGGAGCUACUACUCAUACCGAUUUAGUCAUUAGAGCUCGUGAAUUAGGUAUUAAAGUAGAAACUAUUCAUAAUGCUAGUGUUAUGAAUGCUGUAGGAGCUUGUGGAUUACAAUUAUAUCAAUUUGGACAAACUAUAUCACUUGUUUUCUUUACUGAUAGUUGGAAACCAGAUUCAUUUUAUAAUAAGAUUAUGGAAAAUAGAAAAAUUGGUUUACAUACAUUAAUUUUAUUAGAUAUUAAAGUUAAAGAACAAAGUAUUGAAAAUAUGGCAAGAGGUAGAUUAAUUUAUGAACCACCAAGAUAUAUGGAUAUUGCAACUGCUGCUAGUCAAUUAAUUGAAAUUGAAGAUAUCAGAAAGGAACAAGCUUAUACAGAAAAUACUCCUUGUGUUGCAGUAUCAAGAUUAGGAUCUCCCACUCAAGCAUUUAAAGCAGCAACAUUAAAAGAAUUAACUGAAUAUGAUAGUGGAGAACCUUUACAUACUUUAGUAAUGUUGGGUAGACAAGUUCAUGAUUUAGAAUUGGAAUAUCUUUAUCAAUUUGUACAAGAUAAAGCUAAAUUCAAAGCAUUUGUAGAACAAGAUCAAGAAUUCUUUAAACCUCCACCAUAUGUUCCACCAGUUGAAGAACUUGAUCUUGAUGAUGAUUAACUGUAUAUGUACAAUAAUAAUUACAAUAACAAAUAUAUAAGUA